AUGGGCAACGCGAGCAGCCCGUGUCAGGCCGGACGCAAGGGCUCAGUCGGCGGCCGGCAAUCAGCAGGGAUGGAGGGCAAGGCUUUUCUCACCGAAGAGGCAGCGUACAAGAACCUGCAGGACUACUACAACAAGAAUGGCAGCAAACUCGUCAUUAAUCAGUUAUUCAAGGAAGAUCCGGAUAGGUUCAAGAAGUACAGCUUAACAGUGCCGACUCCUGAGGAUGGAGAAAUUUUGUUCGAUUACAGCAAGAAUCGUAUCAAUGAUGAGGUCCUUAAAUUACUGCUGGACCUGGCUCAUGCAAGAAAUGUUGAAAAGUCAAGGGAUGCCAUGUUUUCCGGUGAAAAGAUCAACUUCACUGAAAACCGUGCUGUCCUUCACAUUGCCCUCCGAAACCGAUCUAAUGCACCAGUCGUGGUUGAUGGGAGUGAUGUAAUGCCUGCAGUUAAUGCUGUUUUGGCACAUAUGAAAGAUUUUUGCGGCAGGGUUAUUUCAGGUGAAUGGAAAGGCUACACUGGUAAAUCUAUCACUGAUGUUGUCAAUAUUGGUAUUGGAGGCUCAGAUCUUGGACCACUGAUGGUGACUGAAGCAUUGAAACCUUAUGCCAUUGGACCCAAUGUCCAUUUUGUGUCCAAUAUUGAUGGGACACACAUGGCAAAGACUUUGAAGUUAUUGAAUGCUGAGACCACCCUCUUCAUCAUAGCCUCCAAGACUUUUACAACACAGGAGACCAUCACUAAUGCAACUUCAGCCAAGAAAUGGUUCCUUGAUGCAGCAAAAGAUCCUUCAGCUGUGGCCAAGCACUUCAUUGCAUUGUCAACCAAUGGUCCAAAAGUGAAGGAUUUCGGCAUUGAUGAAGCAAACAUGUUUGAAUUCUGGGACUGGGUUGGUGGCCGGUACUCACUGUGGUCUGCUAUUGGAAUGUCCAUUGCCGUUCACAUUGGAUUUGACAACUUUGAAAAACUGUUGGCUGGUGCUCAUUUUAUGGACAAUCAUUUCAAGACUGCCCCUCUGGAGAAGAACAUUCCUGUAUUGCUUGCACUUCUUGGUGUAUGGUACCAUAAUUUCUAUGGUGCUGAAACCCAUGCCUUAUUGCCAUAUGACCAGUACCUGCAUAGGUUUGCUGCCUAUUUCCAGCAGGGUGAUAUGGAAUCCAAUGGAAAGUAUGUGACUCGCAGUGGACGUCAAGUAGAAUACAAUACUGGGCCUAUUGUGUGGGGAGAGCCCGGUACAAAUGGACAACAUGCAUUUUAUCAGUUGAUCCAUCAAGGCACACGCCUAAUUCCUGCUGAUUUUAUUGCUCCUGCAAAGUCUCACAAUCCCAUUGCUGACAAUUUGCAUCAUAAGCUGUUGCUGGCAAACUUCCUUGCUCAAACAGAAGCACUCAUGAAAGGAAAGACUACGGAAGAAGCCAGAGCAGAACUGGAGAAGGCCAACAUGCCUGCUGACAAAUUGGAACGUAUUCUUCCUCACAAAGUGUUCAAGGGCAACAGGCCAACCAAUUCCAUUAUGGUUGAGAAGCUGACUCCAUUCACCCUUGGGGCAUUGAUCGUUAUGUAUGAGAUGAAAAUCUUUACCCAGGGUGUUAUUUGGGACAUCAACUCUUUUGAUCAGUGGGGAGUGGAAUUGGGAAAGCAGCUUGCAAAGGCCAUUGAACCAGAGCUGCAAGACAAGAAUCCUGUGUCCUCCCAUGACUCUUCUACUAAUGGACUCAUCAACUUCAUAAAGAAACACCUGUAAAUCAGUCUGUGGAGAAUAUACAAAAGCUCUGUGUUCAUUUAAAUGUAUAUUGCAUGCAAACGCUGCGUGAUGUACUUGUGGAUGACUAUCAUUUGAUGUAUGACAAGUCAGUAAUACAAUUGCAUUGUUUUAGAAUGCCAAUAUAUUUCCUUUUUUGCAAGAAAUCGGUUGUUAUACUGUGAUGUCAUUUCGUAAGUGUAUUAGGAAGGUAUGUGCAUAAUAAUUGGUGAUGCAAUUAGUCAUUACAAACCAUAUUGUUCAUUUUUGAAAAAAAGACAUGUGAUAGACAGUAGAGUUGUCUUUGUUAGUAAAAUGUUAAUUACUAAAGAAUAUAUAAAGAGGUGGAUUAAAGUAUUAAUGAAAGUAUUAUAAUUUAUUCAAAUAUUUUAAAAGAUGUAUAAUUUGUGUAUUUCACAGCAGAUGUAUGCACUGUGGAAUAAAAGUUUAUUUCAAAGUUC